UGUGAGGAUGGACCAGUUUGGAGAAGAUUGGUCGGUGGAAUUUUUGGAUCCGGACCCGGCUCCGGGUGUGGAUUCCGCUGAAUGGUCUGUUGAGCAUUUAGAUAAUCCUCAAUCCUUCCCGGCCGAACCGUUAGAAGAAGAGACGCCGGAUUGGUUUGAAAGUUUUAUCACAAAACACGAGCUACAGGAUGAAGAUAUGCCGGAUGCGAACUGCGGAAGUCUACUGCUAGACCGACACGAGCCACUGGACGAAGAAAUGCCGGAAGCUACGAGUAACGAUUCCGGUGUUCUGAACAUCGGAAGAUUCUUAGGCAAUUCGAACAACGAGACGCCGUCCCUUUCAGCUGAUUUUGAUAUUUCAUCCGUCGGCAUUGAUGGUGUACCCGUGUACCCCAACUUGACCAGGUGAAUGGGUUAGGCAAUGCAGUGUCCACCGGAAUCGCCUCGCCAACCUUGAGCACGCAAGAGACCGCGAGAAUCUUGACUCCGUCGUGGUUCUCAAAUCCGGCCUUCGUGAAUGACGCGGUGUCCAGCGAUGGCAGUUGCGCGACCCGGUCGACUUCGAGGACGCAAGUUGUUGUUGUUUAUUUUAUUAACGUGACUUUAACCUAGAGAGGUCAUUCGUCACUUCGAGGACGCAAGAGACCGCGAGAAUCUUUACUCCGUCGUGGUCCUCAAAUCCGGCCUUCGUGAAUGACGCGGUAUCCAGCGAUGGCAAUUGCGUGGCCCGGCCGACUUCGAGCACGCAAGAGACCGUGAUAAUCUUAACUCCGUCGUGGUCCUCAAAUCCGGCCGUCAUGAAUGACGCUGUGUCCAGCGAUGGCGAUUGUGCUUACCACGAUUUCAGCAACUCGGUAUUGACAACCCGGCCGACCUCGAGAAUGUUGACUCCGUCGUGGCCCUCAAAUCCGUCCCUCAUGGAUGAACCGGUGUCCGAAUCGCCGAUGUUGGUCUCCAGGAAAGCUGGAUGGCAGAAACUGGCCACUGGUAAGGUUGCUGGUGCAUCUUUCCAUCAACCUCUGCAGCCUACACGAAUGUUUCCUCGGCAAGAUUUACCUAGUGCAUGGCCGCAAUCGGACGCGGACGUGGACCGUCUGCGUGAGUUAAGAAUUUGAACUUCUUGCAUUCUUCUCAAAUGUUGGUAAACAAAUGUAAAUGUUAGUAAACAAAUCUCCCUCCUCUCACUACAACAAGAGUGACCGCGUUCACUCACACACUAACCAAUUCUCAUAUACAGUGAUGCUUAAUGCUAGUAUUGGCCACCAGAUCGAGCUACUAGCUAACCUUUUUCCAUUUUUUUUUGUGAUUGAUGGAUUUUCGUUAAAUUUGUUCAAUGAUUUACGUCUGUUUGUCUGUGCUAAAAGUAUGUCUGUAUUUGACGGUUGCUAGACUAGUAGUUAGGGGAAAUCUACCCAUGUUAAUCCUAAUAAGCGGUCGUGUUUGAAUGAUGCUGGAUAAUCUAGAGUCUCCCUUGAAUU